AUGAAGACCUCGCCCGUCAUUUUGGGCCUUCUCAGCCUCGCUGGCUCUGCCGCGGCUGAUCCAACCUGGCCCUCCAGCAUUGACGAACUGGAGGAGAUCAUGUUUCAAAUCAACUCUUUCCGGUCUCGAAAGUUUGCCGAUACUGUCAACCCUUGCACCAACGAAGCCUCCGGUCCCGGUCGCCGCAAUGCCGCCGAGUGGCUACGAUCCGCCUUCCACGACAUGUCAACCGCCAACACCUUCUUCAAGACUGGCGGUCUUGAUGGCUCCCUGCAGUACGAGUUGGACAAUGGCGAAAAUACGGGUCCGGGCCAUAGAACGACCAUGAACUUCAUGGCACCCUAUGUCUCGUCACGUUCCAGCCUCUCGGACUUGAUGGCCAUGGGAGUCUACAUGUCUGUUCGUUCAUGCGGCGGCCCAAUCAUCCCAGUUCGCGCCGGGCGCAAGGAUGCCACGGCCGCCGGUGCCUUGGGUGUUCCCCAGCCUCAGAACUCAGCAACCAUGUUCCAGCAACAGUUCGAACGUAUGGGGUUCACGACGGAGGAAAUGAUUCAGUCGACGGCUUGCGGCCACACAAUUGGCGGUGUCCACCAAGACGAAUUUCCCGACCUCAUGCCGGCCACCGGUGUGGUCAAUGGCAACGUACAGCUUGAUUCCACCGACGCCGUCUUUGACAACAAGGUUGUCACGGAAUACCUUUCCGGAAAAACCUCCAACGCGCUCGUCGUCGGCCCGUCUGUCAAGAUCAACAAAAACUCGGACUUCAAGGUUUUCAAUGUCGACGGCAACAAGACCAUGCAAACUUUGACCGACGUCAACAAUUUCAAAGCCGUCUGCCAAAAGGUUCUUCAAAAGAUGAUCGAGGUGGUGCCGCCCACCGUCACCCUUACCGACCCCAUCGUGCCCUACACUGUCAAGCCUGUCAACCUGCAGCUCACUCUGGCCAAUGGCGGUACUGGUCUCCAAUUCACCGGAUUCAUUCGUGUCAAGACGACAGGCCUCGCCAAGGACAGUAUCAAGAACGUGGCCGUCACUUACAAGGACCGCAAGGGCAACGCAAACUGCGGUGCGAGCUCUUGCACCAUCACGAGUACCGUUCAAGGAGUUGCGCAGGGCUUCGACGACACCUUCAGUUUCUACCCCAUCGAAGCCGUCAUCCCUGCUGCAUCAGGUAUCUCAUCCUUCACUGUCACCGUGAACAAUGCCGACGGUACGAGCAAAGCCUACGAUAACAACGGCAACGGCUAUCCUCUUCAGGACGACGUCGUGUUCCAGGCCCCUCAGAGCUGUAUCACUGGCAGCACUGGCGCCCUGUCCGUUGUCGCUGCUGUCCGCAAUGACGUAGCUAGCAAUGGUGCUCAGGCCAGCAUUGCCUACAAGACGGCUCAGACCAACAGUCCCGUCGGCCUCUUGAACAAUGCCACUGUUCCUCUUCAGAAAGGUGCCUGUAUUGGCAAGUACACUCUUUUCUCGGCCAAGUAUACCAUUCCUGGUGGCAUGCCAUACCAGUCUCGUGUCGAUGUCAUGGCCGGGAGCAAAGCCGACACCUUCAAAGCUGUCACUGAUAUUGGCGGAACCUGCACGGAUUUCCCCAAUCCCGGUGCCUGCGAUGCUGUUGAUCCCCCAGUCAACUCGACCACUACCACGACAACUACUGGUCCGACGGCCACGACCACAACCACCAGCUCGAUCGUGGCGCCCGUGACACCCACUCAUCGUGCCACUGUUGGCGGUUAUAAUCAUGUCUCCUGCUGGUCCGAGGGUGUCGGCGUCCGAGCCCUGGCUGGUAUUUCCUUCGCCAACGACACCAUGACGCUUGAGAAGUGCGCCGACUACUGCAAAUCUUAUGUAUACUGGGGUACCGAGUAUGGCCGCGAAUGCUACUGCGGCAAUGCUCUUGACAAGAGUAGUGCGGCUGCUGCCAUCGGCGAAUGCAACAUGGCAUGCGGCGGUGACCCCGGCGUGUACUGCGGCGCCGGCAACCGUCUGGAGCUGUACUCAACGACGAGCGCACCUGUCACGCCGACUCCCACGGCAACCCUCAGUCACAAGCCCACCGUCGCCCCAUACACCAUGGUCGGCUGUUGGAGCGAGGGCAAUGGAGUCCGGGCUCUGAACCAGGCCGCCACUAUCAGCGACAAGAUGACCAACGAAGCCUGUGCCACUUUCUGCAAGGCUUACAAGUAUUUCGGUACCGAGUAUGGCAGCGAGUGCUACUGCGGCAGCUUCCUUGCCGAGAGCAGCAAGACGGUGCCCAUUGGGGACUGUAACAUGCCCUGCUCCGGCAAUGCGUACGAGUACUGUGGUGCCAGCAGUCGCCUAGAGCUGUACCAGAACCCCAACAUUACGACGGGUAAUCCCGAGCAGCCCGCAGCCAUUGGCGAUUAUGUUUUCGUCGGGUGCCAAAGCGAGGGCAACAACACCAGAGCUCUGCCUGGCUCGACUGUAUCGCAGGACAAUAUGACGAAUGAAGUGUGUGCAACCUUUUGCAAGGACUUUACGUACUUUGGCACCGAGUACGGGCGAGAGUGCUACUGCGGCAACGCCCUCGCUGCCUCUUCGAUAGUUGCUCCCGCCAGCGAGUGCAGGAUGCUCUGUGGUGGUAGCAACACGGAGUACUGCGGUGCUAGCAACAGGCUGUCUGUUUACAAGAAGAAGCAGACGCCUCCUCCACCGCCACCACCACCGGCCACGACGCCAAAGCGAAGACGCAACCACUUGUAA